CAGGUGUUUCGAUCAGCUGUUUGAAGAUGACAGCUGAGCCAGUGCGUUGCAAGGACGCGGUUCGCGAUGGAACGAUUAUGAACUAUAUCGUGUUCACGUGCUCAUUUUGAUAAACAAUUAUCGAAGAAUGGCUACGAGGAAUUUGACUGAGCCGUUUGUCUUAAUGCGAAAUAAUGCUCUUCAGACUAAACACAUCUAUGCCGAACAGAGCAUCACCGAUCGUGUGGCAUUGGUGGAAUCGGACUCUGGCGGAUCCGACAGUGUCGAGUUGAAGGGUAUAAACACGGACAGCGGAGCACCGCCUGCUUGGGCAGAUGCCUUAGAGGAAACGCAGUAUAUCUUAAGCAGAUUACGAGUAAAGAUAGACACCCUGAUCGAAUUACACUCCAAGCAGCUCACCAGGCCGACUUUGGACGACACAUCUCAGGAAGAGAGACAAAUGGAACAACUCACACGGGAAAUUGGACGUGCGUUUUCUAAUGGCUAUAGACAAGUACAAACGAUCAAAUCAGCUGGCAGACAUAAGACCAAACCUACAGAACGUCGAUUGGCUGCCAGCGCGGUGAUGGCUCUUUCGACUGCCUUACAAGAAUUAGGUCUUCGAUACAGAACAGCACAGAAUCAUUACUUAGCACAGAUGAAGUCAAGAGAAGAGAGAAAUAGCCAGUUCUUCGCAGAGGACCAGUUUCUGUUGGACAGUGUAGCUACAGACUCCUGGUUGGCAGAAUCGAACGAGGCUGCUGCCGAUUACUGGCCUAGGGAUGAGCGAAGACAGGACUCGGUUUUAUUGCAAUUGGAGGAACCUGAGGAUAGGAUGAAAUUAGCAUUGGAAAGGGAGGAACAGAUUGGCAGUAUAGUUCAAAGUAUAGGAGAUUUAAAGCAUAUUUUCAAGGAUCUUGCAGUGAUGGUAGAGGAUCAGGGUACUAUUUUAGACCGGAUCGAUUAUAACAUCGAGCAAACGCAAGUGCAAGUGCAGGAAGGCUAUAAACAGUUGAAAAAAGCCGAUUCGUAUCAGAGAGCUAAUAGGAAGUUGUACUGCAUUGUGGUUCUCGCGGCUGCUAUUAUAUUACUUAGUUUUCUAUUAAUCAUAUUUAAGACGUAGAUAAGCAUCAGUGAGUAAAAUUUAUGUAAAGGAAUAUUGAUAUAACGCACCUGUUUGUGCAAUUUAUCAUCAUGUUCUAUAAGAUGAAACAUGUUUAUAGAACUUGUUGCAAUGAUGGGAAAGCUAUUUUUCAAGACUGCGACUUUUUCCAAGUGUUACGUCAACGACAAGACAACGUAUUUAAAUGUCUAUUUUAAUCUAUUCAUUGAACAAUUAAUCUGAUAGGAAUAUUUAACUAUGUGUGAGUGCAUUAAUCAUUUUAAUUAAUGUUAAUCUUGUUGCGGAAUCCGACUUUAACACAUCAUCGCUCUUAAUAUUGCAAUACAUGCAAAUUUGGUUCAAAUGGCCAUGCAAUGUUUGAAUUCUUAUAAUGUACAUUAAAUGAUAUACACAAAUUUGCAUAUACUGCAUAUAUUUGUAUAAAUUAAUAGAAUAAUUUAUUUAUCUCAAUUUAUGUAUACUGUACAUUUUUAUAUAGCAGAAAGUUAUAACAUAUAAAUUAUUUUUAUUUACAUAUGAUCGCAACAAUAUGGAAAUAUUGCAAAAUGAGUUUUAUAUCCGUAUCGUAAGCCGUUUCCUUGGCCGAUCAUUCGAUUGUUGAAUAAAAUCAUUCCAUAAGAAUAAACAAGUAAACUGGCUGUAAGGA